AUGUCUCCGCUCCUUUGUCUCUCCUUGCUAUUGACAUCUCUGGCUUUGGGAGGGGCAAAUGAGGAGCUCAGCGAUGGGUCUUGCGCCUUGUCCUUGCGAGCGGAGAGACAGAGCCCACCGAUCCCACUUCAGUCUCUCCGCGGACCAAAAAUCGAAGCCGCGGAAGGGUAUCAUCAAGUGGCACAAGUGCGCCGCUCAAAGGGCGAUGAUAUGCCUUCCACGAAAGACUGCCGCUGGGUGCUCUUUGAGCAACCUCUGUCGCACUUUGACCCGACAAACGUCACGUUCCAACAGCGGGUUUGCAUCUAUGAUGGCUACGUCGAUGGAGAUGGCGGACCAAUCUUCUUCUACACCGGGAAUGAGGCCGCAGUCGAUCUGUAUGUCAACAACACCGGGCUUAUGUGGGAACUUGGGAAAGAGAUGGGCGCGCUGCUCGUCUUUGCAGAGCACCGCUACUUUGGAGAGUCUUCCCCGACACUGACUGGAACGAGUGCCUGCUUGAAGUACCUGACCUUGGAUGAGGCACUGGCGGACUUUGCCAAGGUUGCCUGGAAUCUCACGCACGUCGCAACCGAAGAUGGCAGCUAUGUUGCGCCGACCUCCAAGAUUGUGACUUUCGGGGGCUCCUAUGGUGCGCGGCUCUCUGCUACAAUGCGUCUCAAGUACCCGCACUUGAUUUCGGGCGCAAUCGCAUCUUCCAUGGUCGUCAACCAAAUGGUCGACACACCCAAGGAAGAGUGGGGGAAUUUUUGGAGCUGGGUUCGCAAAGGAAUGGACUUGGUGCCACAUUGCGGAGAUGGCAUGGUGGCAGCGACCCUUGUCCUGUGGGAUGCUUACUCGAACUCAAAGGCCUCGCUCAUUGCCCCUGCGCUGAAUGCUGCCAUGCCAGGGCUGUGCAGGCCUUUGGAGAAGGACACUGAUAUGUUCUACUUAAACGCUGCACUGCAAUCAAGGCUGGAGACGCUAGCACAGUCUAGCUUUCCUUUUGAGUCCGACUACAUGACUGUCGGAGGGUACAUGGAAAAUCCUAUUGUGCUUCCUCCGUUCCCACUCCAAGCCAUAUGUGAGAAGUUCAACGAGGCGGCGGCAGGAGUCACCAUCACGGGCGACAUGGACCAACUCAUCUACACAAUGACGAUGAAUGGUCUGACGGUAGAGGCCGAUUGGAGCGAUACCAAAAGCAAUUACUCGGCUGAGGAGUUCAGCAACAGUGGACUGCCUGAACUCAUGGCGGCUAUACUUGAGGCACAGAUAAGCAUGUGGGGUGAGGACCCAUCAGCCGAUUACUUGUGUCCAGAGUCGAAGAAGGCCAGCAAGGCCAGCGCUCCUUCAUCCCUCAGCGAGUCAGCCAGCAUGCAAGGGCCUGCGGAUGUCUGCACAAAGGAGAUUGAGGACGCAGAAGCCUGGCAAGUGCUGGUCGUCAAUGACCUCAACUACGCCGUCUUUGCACCACCCACCGGCUUGAUCUAUGCAGCCCCACCUACUCUGGGCUGGGAGCGCGACUGGACUGUUCAGCAGCAGAUUGCAGGGAAGGAAGCAAGCGCAGAGAGCCAAGUCCUGAAGUGGGCAACUGAGGAAGGGCUCCCAGGUGCGAGGCCGGGUAAGAUUGACUUGCACGCCAACGACUUCAAGUUCAGUCUCAAGAGCAUGGUUCGCGAGAUGUCGAAUGUCUUCUUCACGGUUGGGGAGCUGGACCCUUGGGGGGGCUCUGGCCUUACAAAAGACAUGGCCCUACAGAAUCCAUCGAACAGGUUUGCUGAGAUCAAGCGCGGGGGGCAUCACGUCGACACCUUUUUCAGCACCGACCAGGACUAUGAAGAGCUCCGUCAAGUCCGGGAAGAUGAGAAACAGUUCAUCAAGGACAUCAUCGACGGAAAGUGA